UCAAAACGAGUUUUCCCAAACCAAUGGGUGACGUCACAAUGUAGUCUAUGGUGCCUCCAUUGGUUGGGGGCAGCCAUGGUGUUUCUGGUCAGAACUGCUGGAGUGUGAAUUACUCUAUCAGGAGGGUGUGUCUCUUGAGAGGCUCAUCAGUGGACAUCGUUAGCACCUACACACACCCCAGUGACUAUAAGAUCACCAAAGCAUUCUGGUUUAAAGGAAAAACAUUAAGAGACCUGAAAGAUGAUUCUGAGUACACAGGUCGUGUUGAAUAUGAUGGAAACAAAGACAACUACCACACCCUGAGAAUCACAGACCUGAGAGAGACUGACUCAGCUGAGUACAAGUUCAGAAUGAUAACAGAUAAAGAUGGGAAAUAUGGUGACUCUCUUGGAGUGCAGCUGACUCUUACAGGUCUUAAGGUGAAAGUGACUCCAGCCACAGUGACGGAGGGACAGAGUGUGACCCUGACUUGUAGCUCCACCUGUCCUCUGCCUGGUAACACCUCCUACACCUGGUACAAGAACAACCAAACCAGGACAGAGACCCAACAGAAGCUCCUGUACCUGGACUCAGUCGGCAGUGAGGAUGCAGGCAGAUACUCCUGUGCUGUGACAGAACACCAGCAUCUCCGCUCUCCUGAAGAGACUCUCAAUGUUACAUGUAAGACUCAGACUCCCACAGUUUAUAAUUGACCUCAGUCAACCCUGUUGUUGGAGCCAAAAUUAUGACUAAUAUGAUUGCAAUGUUCACCUUUUGCCUUUAUGAAAUUGUUGUGAAUUGUGCAUGUUAGCCGAUCUUGAAGCGUGGCAUGUUGUCACGCAUUUUGUCAAUCAGCUGAGCAAGGCGGUAAUUGCAUCAGCUAGGGUAUAAACAGCUGUCAUUCAGUUAGUGGCCUUUGGUUUGGUAGUCAUACGGUUUUUGACCGCUGUUUCAAGACCAUACCGCUCAGAUCAGAUAUGUGAGUCAAAGUUGUUUUUUGUUGUGUCUUUAUUUUGCUCUGCGGUCGUUCAAUUAGUGGAAAACUUGUAAAAUUGUGAAGACUGAAGGAAAAUAAA